CAUCAAAAUGGACACCGCGUGCUUUCAUCUUUCCUUCCUCAGGGGAAACGCUUGGAUGUACUAUAUGUAUGUAUAUAUGUAUUUAGCAUGCGUGCACAAUAAAACCCCAUCCAUGAGGCGUUUGGAACACACCCAGUCAGUCUUAAUCCCUCAGCCCUCUGCAGUCAACGCUUGGCGUAUGGGAGUGGGAGCACCCCCACCCUCCUGCCACGCAUGUUAUGGAGUAUGCCCUAUGGCUUUCUUUUCACGUCUUUUCCACUGAUCAUGUACGUUCUUGUUGUCUAGAGCCCCCUCUGCGACAGUGAUGACGUCAGGGGUGAAGACGAUGGCGAUGGCGAUGAGGACACAGUAGAAGUGCUUAGAAAGAUGGGAAAAUGCGCCUACCCUCGUCCAGUUCAACCUCGUACGGCGCCGGGCGGCGUUUGACUCUGCUGCUGAUGGGGUACAUGCCGAACUGCUCGACCUCCCCUGCGAGACUGAGCCACAGAAGACAAAUGUGACCUUGCGUGUGCAUGUUACACAGACAAGACGGAGGUUUUCCAAAAGUCAGUCACGAUGUCUGCUGGACCACCAUGCUGCAGUCACGACCACGCAGUCACGAUCAUCUCCUCCUGCAUCCGAAACCUGGCUUUCGGACAACAUCCCAGACUCUGCUAUCCAGCUAGCAACGCACUCAGUCUACCGUGGAGAAAGGCGAGAGGCGCCGGCGUCUGUGUUUACCAACAAGUCUGCAGACAAUCACUGAUCAGCGCACCUGGACUUGACAAGGGGGAGCGGCUUAAAGACCAGUGGACCCGAGGAACCUUUGCCAGAACGUCGCUAACCUUCCAAUUCCUGACUGCCUUCCUUGAUCCACGACCUCCCUGCUCGGACCCAGACCACGCUGCCUCGCUCCUGCCCUCAACCUCUUGCCUGUCCACGAACUGCCUUUUCGCCUUGCUCCUCUUGAUUCGACGAAGGAUACAACCAACACUCACAGACAACAACCCCUGGUCACUUGCUCUUCCUUAUGUGUCAUCAUUGUUCUGUGCCAGAAUGUCUCGUGCAUCUCCAGCUUCAUACCCAAGCCUUGUCUCGUCUUGUUAUCCAGAUCCUGAAUUUCCAAGUUGGUAUUUUGAGUUUUCCUUUUCUCCUCUUAAGCAGAGUGAAUUUUUGUUUGUGAAGUUUUCAAGUCUUUACCGUCUCUUCUUUUCCUCAUUUUUGAGUGGCCUUUUGUUAAUUAUUUCUCUAGAUAAGAAUCAGUGUAGAAGCUCUAUAGCCUAUUGUUUUUCCCUCCUUUUGGAGCGUCUUUUGUUGUUUAAAUUUCAUAGUUCUAUUCCUCGUUCCGGUUGCAGUUAAUCCAGAACGCGGCAGCACGACUUUUAACAGGGGCCAGGAAACGCGAGCGUAUAACCCCAAUUCUUCAGAGUUUGCACUGGCUCCCUGUUCAUUUUAGAAUUGAUUUUAAAACCUUGCUGUUUGUUUUUAAAGCUUUACAUGGACUGGCACCUCAGUAUAUCUCGGAGCUCAUCCAAAUUUACAAUCCUGCGCACGCUCUGAGGUCCGAGAGCCAGCUCCAGCUCGUAGUACCCAAGACCAGACUUAAAACCAGGGGAGACAUGGCCUUCUCUGUGGUCGGCCCUAAGCUCUGGAACACUCUGCCCCUCCAUGUUCCAACUGCUCCCACAGUGGAGUGUUUUAAGUCUCGUCUUAAGACCCACUUUUAUUCUCUGGCUUUUAACACUACGUGAGUUGUGUGGUCCUCUGUUGU